AUGCAUGACUGCGUGGUCAACCUGCUGAACAACAACGACGAAGAGUGUUUAGCGUGUCUCUGCAGCCUGCUCACCUCCAUCGGCAAGGUCCUUGACCUAGAGGAGGCCAAGCCUCAGAUGGAUCAGUAUAUUACCCAGCUGGAAAAAAUCCUCACAGAGGGGAAGAUUUCAUCUCGUAUACGGUUGAUGCUGCAGGAUGUUAUAGACCUGAGAUUGGCUGGGCAACACUGUGCCCAUGGAAAAGAACAGCAGGACCACCGACCCAAAGAAGGGUCAAAAGGUCCUCAAGCGCUGCAAUCCAGCCCCUCACCUCAACCCUCCACUGCUCCUCCACAAAAAACAGAUUCUGACGCCAGGACAACUCUUGGAAGUCGCAGCACAGGCAGAAAGGGACGAAAGAGUGGAAAGCGCAGUGACAAGCCGCUGAGCGCUGCGCCGCCACUGCCUCAGCCUGAACCGUUCACGAGUUCUAAGGAGCAGUUGGAGAAUCCAGCCCCGGAGUACCCAGGAAAAGAAUUGGACAAAGAAGAAGUCGUGCCACGGAUACCGAGUGACAGCGAAGAGGAAUCUGAGCAAGAGCGCAGAGUCCCAGAGCCUGAGAAACCUGCGCUGUCUCAGGAGAAGAUUGUGCUGGAGGACAUCGCCAAUGAAGAGCAGACCUUCGAAUGUGUGAAGGAGAACCUGGAUGAAUCUAGGUUGAGCUUGUCUCCCUUCAUGAGGGAGUUGAUGUCGGCUGUUUGCGAGGCAGCAGCGAAAGAUAACACCAAGUGCCGAGUGGACAUGGCACUCUUGCAGAAGAGUUUGCCUGUAUUCAACUACAGCAACUCAGACACUGAGCAACAGCUGCAUGCGCUUCACUCCCUUCAGGCUCUGAUCGUCACACUCGAUCAGCCUCCGAACCUCCUCCGGAUUUUCUUUGAUUGCAUGUAUGACGGGGACGUCAUCUCCGAGGACCCGUUUUACUACUGGGGGACAAGCAGUAGACCCGAGCAGCUGGGUAAAGGCGUGGCCCUAGAGUCACUCACAGCAUUCUUCACCUGGCUGCGGGAGGCGGAGCAGGAGUCACAAGAGAAUUGAUGAAACUUAAAAUAUGCAUGUGUUCUCUUGGAAUAAAUGAACUGUCAGUUGAAAA